AGCGAGGGCGCGGGUGAUUUGGAGUCUGGUAAUCAAGUUCGCGGCCGCGGUUGGGCGACAUGGCUGUCUCGGCUGAAUCCCAGUGGCCUGAGCACCUCGUCCCGCUGAAAGAAGUGGAUAAUUUAUUGCGUUGUGGGAUAUGCUUUGAGUACUUCAACAUUGCUAUGAUCAUUCCCCAGUGUUCACACAACUAUUGUUCCCUUUGCAUUCGCAGGUCUCUGUCCUACAAACCUCAGUGUCCUACAUGUUGUGUGGCGGCUACAGGACCUGACCUGAAAAAUAACCGGAUAUUAGAUGAGCUGGUACAAACCUUUAAUUCUGCAAGGCAGCAGCUGUUCCAGUCAGUCUUGGACUUUCCACCAGUUUCUCCUACAACAGUGUUGACUAAGAAGGCUUCUGUCAAAGAGCAUGUUCUGACUGCUCCAGCUAGUUUUGCUUUGAAACAGGAAAAGCAAUAUAAGGACAUCAUUUUUGUCAAAGAUGUUUGCAAACCUAAGAGACACAUGAAACUGCCUGAAACAGAAAGUAAAAAGAUCAAACUAAAGCAUGAAGAGAGUCUGUGUUCUGAAGAGGAUUAUGAGAUGGAAAGCAAUGAAGUAGCAGGUACAAGCCCUGUAGGAGGCACCAAAAAUCCUGAAGUACCUUCCACAUCUGCCACAAAAGUCAUCACAAAGGUGGAGUGUCCGAUAUGUGGCAUUCCUGUUCAAGAACUACAUAUAAACAAACACCUUGACAUGUGCUUAACAAGAGGAGAGAAGAAGGAGAGUCUUCGAAGCUCUGGAAGAAAGCUAUUGCCCAAAGUGGUUUACAAUUUACUUUCUGACCGUGAUCUGAGGAGAAGACUAAAAGAAUAUGGGCUAUCCACCCAGGGAACAAGGCAACAGCUUAUUAAAAGACAUAAGGAGUUUGUGCAUAUGUAUAAUUCACAGUGUGAUUCUUUAAAUCCCAAAUCAGUUGUUGAAAUAGUAAAAGAGCUAGAAAACAUUGAGAAGACUCAAGCACAGCUUGAAUCCAGUAAACCUAAGGAAGAUAGCAUGACAUUUACAAAGCACCAGACGGAGAAUGAAAUAGAUGAAAUUCAUAGAGAUUAUCGGAAGAAACACAAAGUUGAAUUUCAGCAUUUAAUUGACCAAAUGAAUAAGAGAAAGAAAAAUGUAAGUAAAAUCAAAAUGGAUCCAAAGGAACCACUGCAGAAAAACGCAUCCAGUGAAGAACUUCCUCUAGAUACUGGAAAAACACAGAGUGUUGAACAAAUAGACCAGGCCUCCAUUUCAAAUUGCUUGCCUGAAUCAGAACCUCCAGUCUGUGGAAAAAGUCAAUCUGUUGACUGGCCUGAAGUCAGAGGAUUGGGUCCUACAUGCUCAUUUCAGUCCUCUGAAUCUUCCAACAGUAACAGAUUUCCAGCUAUAAAAAUGACAAAGCAAAAAUCACAAAGGUCUGGAAGAAGUCAACUCCUGUCCAAGAGUAAACGAAGAAAAAGAUAGCAAACAGAUACCGAGCAUUACAUUGAAAUAAGGAAACUUAUGGAUGUAAGCAUCCCAUUCUAAAUGCAUUUUCUUGGAAGCAAUUUCCAUUGCAGGCAGUAUAAAUCAUUUCUAAAUAAACACGCUGUUACUAUUCAAAGCACUGAAACAGUUGUAUGACUGUGCUGCAUAAAAAGUACCUAACGUGGUUUCUAUUAAAUCUGGCUUCCACACAAAUAGAGCUGGCAUUUUUUGCUUUUAAAAUGCAUACAGUUUAUUUAGAUACUUGUGAUUUUCACCUAUCCAUCCCCACCAACCUUCACUGCUUUUGUUUUUUUCCUUAAUUGGGUGGGGUGAUUUGGGAUGGUUUGCUUGCUUAUGCCCAAAACAAGCCCAAUUCAUAAAACAUUUUUAGGUGGUGGUGGUGAUAUAAGUCUGUUCAUUUCUGUAAAGAAAAGUGCCAACUUGUUAGGCCUUUUGAUCCGCUUGGAACAAAGACCAUUUCCAAACUCGAACAAUUGCUCCCUGCUUAAUUUUCUUGGAAUAUUCUUUGAUCUGCACUCUUCUGUAGAAAAUGCAAUGUUUCUUAGGGACUAGGAUUUUGAGUCAGAUGAACAGCACUGACACAUGAAACAAAAUCAGCACCCUUGGUAGUGCUCUAAAAUAACCCUACCAUACAACGGUGUUGUAUUCCACUAACCCAUUUGUCAGUGGAAUAGAGAGGCAGGUGCUCCCUUCUUCCCCCUUAGCCUCCGAAUCUAUUCAGGAAGUUUUGGGAACUUUCCAGAGCAGAUUUGGGAGGACAAAUAUAUCAUCACAUGGUUUUCUUUUCCUCUUGCUUGGAAGGGAACACUGGUGAUGCUGUUGCCGCCCCUCAAAAUUCAGUUAGUACAAGAUUAUUUUUUGAUUCUACAUAGUACAGCUAUACAAAUAUUUAGCAUUGUUUAGGUAAGCUAGCAUGCAAACAUUUUCUAGUUCCUUUUAGUACAGUAAAAAAAAAAAAGUAGAAGGACUUUUUUUAAAAGUGUGGAAAUCUAGUUAAGUUCGUGGGUCGACAAAUUCUGGAUAAUUAAAAGAAAUUUUGUUGUUGCCAGAACUUCCUUUCCCUGGCUUUGUGUUGCUUUUGAGAUGUAACAUGCACAUGGAUGAGUGGUCAUGAACAGGAUGUUGUGACCCACAUCCCUGUGUUUGCAGUGAUCCGAUGGCAAGCACUUCUGUACAAAUUGCAUGAUCACUGGCAAGCAUAACAAUCCAGUAUGUAAUUGUUCCAUGACCAAACUGCUGGUCUGCCAGAUAUGAACUAAGAUUCCGUGUUUGGAUCCUUGUGCUCCGUAGAGGCAGGAACAGUUGUUUUGCCUCGAUCCACGUACUCCAUCUCAAUGUCCACCCGCUGUGAUGUUGCGCUUGUAUAUUACAGAUGUUGUCCAGCACCACAAACAUGAAAUAUGUGUCAGUCUCUGCUUUGGAAGUACACAGAGAUGUUAAUCAUUCCUAUCAAGGGCUUGUUAGACCAAAAUCUGGCAGCCAUCUUACAUGAACAACUACACCAAAGAAAACCUCUAUGGUACCUUGGACUUUGAACCAUAUGUUGUGCCUUCAUUUGUUUGAUUAAUCAGCCAUCAGUUUGCAGGCAGUUUGUAUUUCUGAAUAGCUUCUCCCUUAGAGACUUUGGCUUACACAGUAAAUAACCCCUUCCUGGAUGUUUUAAAUAUUUAUCAAUAGAAGUAUUCAAGGUUAAAACUUUUCUUUGCUAACUUCUUUGUUGUGAAGUUUAAAAUUUAUGCAAUUAAUGGAAUACUUUAAAGAUUUGUGAAAAAUAUUUUUUUUGCAAAUUACAGUUUCAAUGGCAUCCUCUAAUGCUAGAAUAUUCUCCUUCUAAAGCACUGUACCCAUGCAAUGUGCU